AUGCAAGGUAUCAGUGAGACCGUCCCCUUCAUCUGUGCUCGCUGUCUGCGGGUCAGAGUGCUGAAUGCAAGUUUCCCUCUGAGGAAGACUAUUCGCUAUGCAUCCAGCGCGACAGCGCCACAGCAGGACGGUGGCAAUGGAUCAGCGACGGCGCCGGGAGGAGAGGAGGAAAGGGGCGCACUUUCACGUCGAUUGGAGCAGAUGAGUGAGGAGAGUUUGGAAAGCGGUGGCAGAAGCGCUAGGAAGGCAGUCGACGAGGCAGGCUUCGGCGACGAUCUGAAGCGGCAGCUGGAGGAGAAAAUAGCAGCAUCAAGCUUUCGCAGCGAAAAUGCCAAUGCCUUUGCGCAGGCUGGGCUACUGCGAGCAGCUGGCAAGGGCACUAGGGAUAUCGCAGCUGCACAGCCAUGGACCGGUACCGAGAGCGUCGAAGAUGCGUCUCUGCGGAUGCUCACAGACGCCCACAAGCCUCUUCGAGCGCCUCCGAGAGCCCCUGGAGUCAGAGUGCCGACGAAGAUUGACACUGGCCGCUCUGCCGAUGCUCGUGGUAGGGGUGUACGUCUGGCCAGUGUGAGAGACAAUGUGAGUGCUUAUGCAGUCACGAACGACCCAGGAUUGUCAGAGGAGGAGCGCAAGAAGCUGCGGGCACAACUCAAGGCACGCUUCCAACCUAAUGCGCGUGCUGUGCCUGCGACAGUACAAGGUCUACAGUCUUUAGCAAACGAGCGUAUCGAGGACGCCAUCGCACGAGGUCAAUUCAAGAACCUGCCACGAGGCAAGGCCGUCGAACGAGACCCCAGAGCAGACAACCCGUUCCUCGAUACUACUGAGUAUUUCUUGAACAAGAUGAUACAGAAGCAGGAGAUUGUGCCUCCAUGGAUCGAGAAGCAACAGGAGCUGGUAGCCACCUCAACAAAAUUUCGGAGUAGGCUACGGUCGGACUGGCGACGGCACAUUGCGCGUUCCAUUGCCAGCCGUGGAGGCUCACUCGACUACCAAGUGAAGCUUGCUGACGAGCAUGCCUAUGCGGAAAUGCUUGUCAAUCCGUCGAAGAAGAAGAUGGAGCAGCUGAACACUGCCGACGAGCAGGGUCACGUGUCGCAGAUUACGCUCGCCGGAGAGCUCAACACAGCAGCUGUGGUGGCCGACGCAAGCCUCGAGACGCAGAUAGAGGUCAUGGAGCAGACAUUCGACGAUCAUGGCAAUCUCAAGAAACCAUCGCAAGUCGUCACACUCACAGCAGAAGAGCCUGGCAGCGUCAUGCCUACACCCACUCCACGACAAGCAACUGUAGCACCUUUCAGAGAUGCCAUGUGGGAGCAGACCGAGGGCUCAUAUCUCCGCAAAGCUGUUGAGAAUUUGAACAGCAUUACAAGGUCAUAUAAUCUGAUGGCUCCUGAACUCGCCAAGAAGCCAUACUACUCCUUGGAACGCGAGCUCAAGGCGUGUUAUGCAGACGUCGCGCCGACAGUCGCAAAAGCUAUACAUGACCGAGCCAUGGCGCCGAAGAUCAAAGGCGUUCAAGUGGUCGGUCACACACCUGGCGGUGUCCUAGACAGAUUCGCCAUGGAUCGUGCUUCGCAUGUCCAUGAUAGUCGUAAGCCUCAGUAUGGCUUCAAAGAGUUCUGGCGGGACCUGUUCACCUCCGACAAGCAGUAG